AUUACUUAUUUCACAGGCUUGGACACAAAUCUUUUACUUGUCAAUAGAGCAUGGAACAGAUUGCCCAAAUCAGCCAUGCAAACCAAUGACUUCUAUUAAUAAGAAUCCAAGUCUCUAAUUGGCAAUUAUGACCAAGUUAACAUAUAUUAAUAGGAAUGUUACUUAUUAAUGGACUCAUUAGUCAGGAUCUCUAUCAUUGGUUUCCUGCGCCAUAUUUGACUUUCUUUUUGUGCAGUCUUCUUUCCAUGGUUUGCCUUCUUGGGGAUUACAUCCUUGUUAAACUGUCUGGCAUCCAGGAAAAUGGAAAUAUACUACGAGCUGUAACUGACAGCACCACACAUGCAUCAGUUGGUGCUUUAGUUUGGGCAGUAGCAGAAGGCUAUGAAUUUUUAGGGGAAAAGAAAAAAUGGUUGAAUGUAUUAUUCUGUGCCUUCUUGGCUGCUUCUGUUGAUCUUGAUCACUUUAUGGCAGCUGGAUCACUAGAUUUAAAGAAAGCGUUACACUUACAGCAUCGACCACCUUUCCACAUCACUAGUUUGAUACCAGCAGUAGUAUUUCUUUGUUGGAUCAUUGGCUAUUAUCGACCAUCCAUGAAGGUUUUCUCUCUGAUGUUCCUUGCUUCCUGGCUUUCACACCAUCUAAGAGAUGCCAAUCACAGGGGGCUUUGGUUAGCUCCAUUUGGUCACACACCAGUGUUUCCUUCAGUUGUGUACAUAUUUCUCAUUGUAGUACUAUCUUUAAUAGUUAGAAUUUGUUAUUGUCAUUUACAGACUAACACAGUACAUACCAGUAUCUUUCAGAUAGUGUAAACCUAUGUUUUUGUUCUUUUAUGUACAUGACUAAAUCCUUUGUGAUAUGUUGUAUUAUUAUGUUACACACAAUGAAAUGCAAUAUUAUUCAGUUUAUUUAUUACAUUUAAUCUUCACCUGGCUAUUUUUAUGUCCAGCAUGGUAACUGAAAGUCAUCUGUUUCCACUGUGGUGAUUAUUAAGGGUCCCAUGUGGCCAGCACAAUGACCAACCUCCUUUACUUUCCUCAUUAAGAGUUGGGUGGACUCUGGAAUCAUAAAAAUUCCUAAGCUCAAAAUCCCAGUCUUCACUGAUAUUUGAACCAGAGACCUCUCAGGUUCAGAAGCCAAGUGCAUUACCACUCAAACACAAUGCCCAAGAGAUGACCUUUAUAUAAUGUGCCCUAUAGAUUACAAGGUCCAAAAGGGGCACUUUUUUUUUUUACAGUAACAAAAAUGUGUCCCUUUUUGCUUAAAUAUAUUUCAUCAAUUAAGAAGUUUCAGAUCUAUAAUAAAGAAUGUUUGAGAUGGAGUAAUGGUUUUUUAUUUCAGUAAACAUUCAUUACUUAAGUAGGAAACUAUAUUAUACUUUUGUAGCAGCUGCAGCUGUGAGCCUUGCAAAGAUGAAGGGUUGUGAAUUGAAAAAUUCUGACUAGAAACUCAAGAGAACAAUUUAUUAAUGGCUCAAAGUUGAUGUUAAAGGAUCAAAGGUUGUGUUGUCAUCCUAAUUGGACCAAUAGUUUAUGUGAGGAGCAUACAUAAGGAAGGUUACAUAUCUUAUUCUAUAUUGAAUACAAUAAAUAUGAGCACAAAUCUUGUGUAUUGACUUUAAAAAAUGAUGCAAUAUUACAUCAGUUGGGUACUUCACUAUUCUUAUUUUUGUUUCUAGUGUGGGAUGGAAGCAUGUGGACAUUUAGAGAAAAAGAAAAUCAGUUUGCAGAGAAAUUUUCCAUUAACUUUUAGUCUUAAACUUAUUUUUUUAUUCUUUCAUUCUGUAUGUCACUUAUAUAUAGAAAAUUUUGUUAAUGAAAAAGAAAUAUUGUUUACAGAUUGAUCCACAGUUUCUUUUCUGUACAUGUUUUUUUAUCUUACUUAAUUCAUACUCAAACUUUGUUAAUUUUGUAAAUUUUAAUUACAUAUAGGUCUACUGUUAAUAGCAUUCUUUCAAAUAAAUCAACAUUUUUCUUUUAACAA